AUGUCUGGAGCCCUUGAUGUCCUGCAGAUGAAGGAGGAGGAUGUCCUCAAAUUCCUUGCAACAGGAACGCAUUUGGGCAGCACCAACCUUGACUUCCAAAUGGAACAAAAUAUAGGCCAGAGAGCUUUUCUGAAGUUUGCUGCUGCUACUGGGGCCACUCCUGUUGCUGGGUGCUUCACUCCUGGAACCUUCACUAACCAGAUCCAGGCAGCCUUCCGGGAGCCUCAUCUUCUGGUGGUUACUGAUCCCAGGGCUGACAACCAGCCUCUGACAGAAGCAUCUUACGUUAACUUGCCCCCCAUUGCUCUGUGUAACACAGAUUCUCCUCUGCACUACGUAGACAUUACUAUGCAACACAACAACAAGGGAGCUCACUCUGUGGGUCUGAUGUGGUGGAUGCUGGCCCGGGAAGUCCUGCUCAUGCGUGGCACGAUCUCCCAGGAGCCACCAUGGGAGGUCAUGCUUGAUCUGUACUUCUACAGAGAUCCGGAAGAGAAUGAAAAGGAAGAACAGGCUGCUGCUGGAAAGGCUGUGACCAAAGAGGAGUUUCAGGGAGAAUGGACGGCCCCUGCUCCUGAAUUCACUGCUAUUCAGCCUGAAGUUACAGAAUGGACCAAAGGUGUCCAGGUGCCCUCUGUGCCGAUUCAGCAGUUCCCUACUGAAGACUGGAGCACUCAGCCUGCAACUGAAGGCUGUUCUGCAGCCCCCACUGCUCAGGCCACUGAGUGGGUGGGCACCACCAUGGAAUGGUCUUAA